CAUGGAACAUGCAUUCUAGCUACCCUUUCCCUCUGUUUCAGAGAGAGAUGGUGAUCAGAAUUGUGUGAGAACAAUUUUAGGGCUCAUUCAACUGUUUGAACUGACUGGAACAGUCAGCAAAAGCAGGCCGAGGCCGAUAGAUUAGUUAGGCAAGCUUUUUAGUCCACAUCCAGAUGUUCAUUUGUGAAUGGUCACGAAGAAAUCUCUAUCGAGUUGGGUGCGUUUUUGGAAUAUUUAACCUCAAGUUAGGUGCUCUUUUUCCUACAAUUUUUGAAUCAAAUGAUGAACAGGGGAGAGGGAUUAGGAAGAAGCAGAAGAGUAUGCAUGUCUGCACAGUGCAUGAUCAGCGGAUUGUGCUGUUAGAAUUUAAGCAGGUUGACACAGAAGAAGAAGAAUCAUCUCCAUCCACCUUUGUCGUAUUACCACUACAGCACGACUACCACCACCACCACCACCAUCAACCACAGUCAUAUGCUUGCACUGAUGUGACAGAAGAAGAAGGAGAAAAGGGGAAGGAACAGUGGGCGACACUCUGCAAUUGGGCCUUCCAUGGAUUCAAUUUCAAUGGGCAAAGGAUUGAUGUGAGGAGGACCAGAGCAGAAAAGUAAAGUUGGUGUUCAUUGAUGCAUGUGGAGAAGGAGACUUAUCUGGAGCACAUCAACAAGAACGCUUGACUGCUGCGAGCUCGAGGAAGCAAGCAAUGGUGGCCUUGCACUGUGGCAUGUGCCACUUGACCAUUGCUCACUACUGACGCCCACUAUAACAUUGCCUUGGUGCUCUUUGAGCUCCAUGCAACGCUCUUCUUCUUCCUCCUCGCUCCCUCUCUCUCUACUGGUAUUGCUUCAUCCUUUUUUCCUGUUGUUUGCUGCGCCUCUGGUUUUUUCUGCCCUUCCAAUCCACGUGAAGUAGUUCGAGGAUCCCAAGCUCGAAUUUUGUUGCGCCAAUCGAGCCCAACGGGGCCCAAGCCCCACAGAAAUGGCAUCCUUGGUGCGGCGGAUGCUUCAUCUGCUUGCGGCCAUUUCUUGCUUCCUUUUCGCCGCCGUGGAGGGCGGCGGCGACGACGACCUGCGCCUGCUCAUGGAGUUCAAAAGCAACCUCGUCGAUGCCGGCGGCAAUCUCUCGAAUUGGAGCCCCUCCGAAUCCAAUCCUUGCCUCUGGGACGGCAUUGCCUGCUUCCAGUCCGAGGUAACCUCCAUUAACCUUCACAAGUUUGGUCUCCAGGGCUUCUUGACUGCUACCAUUUGCCGCCUCCCUUACUUGACCAUCUUCAAUGUCUCCUCCAAUAUGAUUUCUGGCUCCAUUCCGAAAGAUUUGGCCCAAUGUAGGAGCUUAGAGAUUCUUGAUCUGAGCACAAACAUGCUUCAUGGGGAGAUCCCCCAAGAACUUUGUGCAUUGUCUUCUCUCACAAAGCUUUUCUUGAGUGAGAACUACCUAUUUGGGGUUAUCCCUUCGAGCAUAGGCAAUUUGACCAUGCUUGAGGAGCUUGUCAUUUACAGUAACAACCUCACCGGAGCGAUUCCUCCGUCCAUCAAAAUGUUGAAAAAUCUUCGGAUUAUUCGUGCGGGUCUCAAUGAUUUGUCUGGUCCAGUGCCAGUGGAGAUCAGCGAGUGUGAUAACUUGGAGGUUUUAGGGUUAGCCCAGAAUAGGUUGGAAGGUGUUCUUCCCAAAGAGCUUGAGAGGUUGAAGAAUCUCACAACCCUAGUUCUUUGGCAAAACCAGUUGUCUGGAGAGAUUCCUCCUGAGCUAGGCAACUGCAGUAACUUAGAGAUGAUUGCCCUGAACAACAAUUUUUUUACUGGAGGUGUGCCAAAAGAGCUUGGCAAGCUGAUCUUGCUGAAAAAAUUGUAUCUUUACACCAAUAGGUUAGAUGGAACCAUCCCUAAGGAGCUAGGUAAUUGCCAGAGUGCUGUCGAGAUUGAUCUUUCAGAGAAUCACUUGACUGGAAUUAUUCCUAAAGAGCUUGGUCUGAUUCAGACACUUCACUUGCUUUACUUGUUUGAGAACCUCCUGCAGGGAAGCAUCCCUAGGGAGCUUGGCCAAUUGAGUCUUUUAAGGAAGAUAGAUUUGUCGAUCAAUAAUCUAACAGGAAUCAUUCCUUUAGAAUUCCAGAACUUCACCUCACUAGAGAACCUUCAACUUUUCAAUAACAACCUUGAAGGAAUCAUUCCUCCACUGUUAGGAACCAAAAGUAAUCUCUUAGUACUUGAUUUGUCUGACAACAAACUCACCGGCAGCAUACCAUCUCAACUUUGUAAGUACCAGAAGUUGAUCCUCUUAAGCCUUGGAUCGAAUAGGUUGUUCGGUAACAUUCCACAUGGGGUCAAAACAUGCAUGUCACUGAUAGUACUAAGGCUGGGAGGAAACCUUCUCACGGGAAGCCUUCCAUUGGAGUUAUCUGGCCUUCUGAAUCUAACUUCUCUAGAGAUGAACCACAACCGGUUUUCUGGACCAGUAACUCCGGAAAUCGGCAAGCUCAAGAACCUUGAAAGGUUGCUACUGUCUAACAAUUACUUCUUUGGUGAGAUUCCUCCUGAGAUUGGAGAGCUGACUGCUCUUGUUAGCUUCAAUGUUUCCUCGAAUCAUCUUUCGGGUGGUAUACCUCAGGAGCUGGCAAAUUGCAAAAAACUCCAGAGGCUUGAUCUUAGCAGAAAUCAUUUCAGUGGAAUUAUCCCACGAGAAAUUGGCAAUCUAGUCAACUUGGAACUCCUUCUGCUUUCGGAUAACCAUCUGAAUGGAACUAUACCAGACAGUCUGGGGGGCCUUUAUCACCUUACAGAGCUGCAAUUGGGUGGCAACAAUUUGUCGGGUGGCAUACCAGAUGAGCUUGGGCAGCUUACCGCGCUGCAAAUUGCUCUGAAUGUUAGCUACAAUUCCCUCUCUGGGGAGAUACCAUCUGGUCUUGGGAACUUGCAGAUGCUGGAGACAUUGUACUUGAACAACAACCAACUAGAUGGUGAACUACCGGCUUCGUUUAGUAAGCUCUCCAGCCUUCUAGUCUGCAAUCUUUCUUACAAUUACCUUUUUGGCUCUUUGCCUAAUACUCCAGUGUUCAGAAGCAUGGAUGAUAGCAACUUCCUUGGAAACUAUGGUCUAUGUGGAAGUGGUACAAAGGCAUGCCAGCCUUCACCUGUCCCAUUGUAUAUUGCAGAAUCAGGUUGGGUGAAGAGAACGUCCAAGGAGAAAAUUGUUAGUAUCUCUGCUGUGGUUGUAGGGUUAAUUUCUUUAGUUUUGACAAUAGGUUUAUGCUGGUCUAUGAAGUACCGAUUGCCAGUUCUUGCAAAACUUGAAGAACAUAAGCAGGGAGUUUCUGAUCUCUAUUAUCUCCCAUGUGAGGGUGUCACAUAUCAAGAAAUUCUCAAGGCGACUGAUGAUUUCUCUGAGAGUGCUGUUAUAGGGAAGGGUGCCUGUGGUACGGUUUACAAGGCUGUAAUGUUGGAUGGAGGAAUCAUUGCAGUAAAGAAGCUGAAAUCUCAUGUUGAGGGUUCUAGCAUUGACAGUAGCUUUCGAGCUGAGAUAUCAACUCUCGGAAAUGUUAGACAUCGUAACAUUGUGAAGCUCUAUGGGUUUUGCUAUCACCAGGACUCGAAUCUGAUCCUCUAUGAAUAUAUGGCAAAUGGUAGUCUCGGUGAGAUGCUGCAUGGUAGUGGUGAUACAUGUUUGCUUGAUUGGAAUACUCGCUACAGGAUUGCUCUUGGAGCGGCGGAAGGCUUGCGUUACCUUCACUAUGACUGCAAACCUCAAAUAAUCCACCGGGAUAUAAAAUCUAAUAACAUCCUUUUGGAUGAAACAAUGGAGGCUCAUGUUGGGGAUUUUGGCUUGGCAAAAUUGAUAGACAUUUCACAUUCCAAAACCAUGUCUGCUGUUGCCGGUUCUUAUGGUUACAUUGCUCCAGAGUAUGCUUUCACAAUGAAAGUUACAGAAAAGUGUGACAUCUAUAGUUUCGGAGUUGUUCUCUUGGAGCUGGUUACUGGAAAAUCUCCAAUUCAGCCAAUAGAACAAGGAGGUGAUCUGGUCAAUUUGGUGAGGAGAUCGGUUCACAACAACACAGCCACAUCUAAUGUUUUUGACUCCCGAUUGGACCUUACCUCAAAGAGCACAAUGGAAGAGAUGUCCUUGGUUCUAAAGAUUGCAUUAUUCAGCACUAAUGAUUCUCCAUUUGAUAGGCCAACCAUGAGGGAUGUGAUAGCCAUGCUGAUGGAUGUGAGGGGAUCGAUAUGCUUUUCCCCAUCCUCACCGUCAUCAGAAACACCUCUCGAUCAAACUGAAUCUCCCAGAGGGGAAGGAGAAUAAUAAGCACAAUCAAAAAGAGAACAAAAAAGCUUUUGCUUUCUUUCUUUCUGAGGGAAAUAACCAAUGGUUUUGCAGUCUCUACCUGCUCAUGUACAGAAGAAUAAACUGUUCUCUUCUAAUAACAUCAAAUUGGAGCCUAGUUUGCAGAAAAGUUGCCUGGAGUAAGAUCAUCAGAGAUGUGGACUGGUGGGCUCAUGCUUUUAAUCGAUUGAGGUGGCAAUGAAGCCGGUCGAUAACUGAUCACUUUACUGCAGUCUGCCAAGAGAAGACAGUCCUCUAAUGUUUCUUAAUUGUUUGUCUUGUUUCAUAAUUUCAACAUCCUUUGAAGUUUCAUCUUCAGAAACUUGAGCAUUACUUGGUGAAGGCUGUUGCAUUCUGUUUAAUAUAAUUGUGAUGAUGAAGCAUAUUGGAUUAUGAUUA